UGAGUCCUUUUUUUAUUACCUAGUCUAAGGUUCGUACGAACUGUAAAAUGUCAUUUUAAUCUUCGAUUAACACAACGGUGAAAUCGGUCCUGAUAUUUUCUGAGCUAGUCACGUGAUAAUUACAAUAUUCAUUCUAGGUACUUUUGUAUUUUCAUGUUGGCAGUUGUCAUGUUGGCGAACCUGAUUUGGGUAUUUUUGUUUUCAUUUUUCAUACCAUCAAAAAAUAAAAAUGGACGAACCAAUUUUGUUAUGUGAUUUAAAUAUUUGUAGGCUUUGCGCCGAGAGAAACGAUAAUGGAAUACAUAUUUUUGAAACAGAUGAAAAUUCGUCAAAUUUACAACAGCUAAUUAACAAAUAUCUGCCUAUCGUUGUAGAAAAAGAUGAUAUUUUUCCAAAAAUUAUUUGUCCAGGAUGUCACAUACAAUUAGAAGCCACAAAAUUAUUUAUGGAUUUAAUAGUAAAUGGACAAUCAAGAUUGAGGGAAUUGUACAAAAAACAAGAAAAACAGGCAAAAAUUGCGCAGCUUGAAGCAGAUUAUUUAAAUAAUUUAUCAAAUUCCUCACUAUACCUGGCUGAACACGGACUAAAACUCCUAGCAGAGGGUUUGGAUAGACCUAAAAGAAAGAGAGGUAGACCGGCAAAAAAAGUGGUUCAUGAGGAUAAACAGGAAAAUUUAGAAUAUGCAGAAGCAGCAAAUGUGGAAAAUUGUGAGGAUGAAAAAUCUGAAGAUGAAAUAGGAACAGAUGGUAGGAAGAAAAGAAAAAUUAGAGCACCAGCUAGAUUUGAUGGACUUGUACAGGGCAAGGAAUUAGAAGAUAUAUUAAUAAAAGAGGGUGUACUGGAUGAUGUAAAGGAUGUGUCUAAAACUCGAGAUCAAUUUAAAACAUAUACUGAACUUAUCAUCGGUAGAACUGAAAGUGAAUAUGGGAAGGAUUUAGGAAGACCUAUUUUUGUUAAGCAAAAAAGUAAAAUAGUAAAUUUUAAGAAAGAUCAAAUAAAGAAAUAUGAAUGUCAAAUUUGUUCGAAAAUAUUUAUACAUGAAAUGAGUUUUAAUCUACACAUGAAGUCUCACGAAAUUGAAAUUAUAAAUGAGGAUUUGUUAGAGACCGAAGAAAGUGAAGUUCGCUCAGAUGAACAAGUUUCAAAAGAAUCUAUAACAUUAACUGAAGCCAUCAACAUAACAGACAUCCCAACUAUAGAAGAUACUCAAGAUUCGAGCAUGGAACAUUCAAAUACUCUUACGGAUACAAACGGUUCCACUCAAGAACCAUUAACACUUCAUUUGAAAGAACAGAAUGGAAAACAGAAAUAUACUUGUGAUAUUUGCAAUAAAGUUUUACGUCAUUCCAGUACCCUUUUGUACCACAAAGAAACUGAACAUAAUAAUCAGCGGUUCGUGUGUAAUAAGUGCGAUAGAAGUUUUAAACAUAGGCAGUUGUUGCAGAGACAUCAGAUAGUUCAUACCCAAGAUCGACCGUUUGUCUGUUCCAUCUGCAAUGCAACAUUUAAAACACAAGGCAACCUCAUAAACCAUAAAGCAGUUCACACAAAAGAAAAGCCUUACAAAUGUACACAAUGCAACCAAAAAUUUUCUCACAGAACAUCAUUAAGUUUACAUCAGAGGUGGCACGAAGGCAAGAAACCGUACACGUGCGAGUUUUGUCAAAAGAGGUUUUCGCAGAACGGUAAUUUAUUGGAACACAAAAGGAUACAUACAGGUGAAAAGCCAUUUUUUUGCGAAAUAUGCGGGACAUAUUUUACCACGUCUUCGCAACUUAGGAUACACGUUAAAAGGCAUACAGGUGAAAAACCUUGGAAAUGCGAAAUAUGCGAAAAGAGCUUUCUCCAUAGGGAUACCUACAAAUUACAUGUGCGACGCCAUCUUAACUAUCGCCCACACGUUUGCCCCAUAUGUAAUAAAGCUUUUACCGAACGAUGGGCUCUUAAGAAACAUCAAGCAGUUCAUACUGGAGAGAAACCGUAUAAAUGUGAACAUUGUCAAAAAGCGUUUGCAGAUAAAUCGAACCUUCUAAAACACAAUAAGAUACAAAAGUGUCGUAAUAACAACCACAAAUUGGAUGUUAACGCUAUAACCAAAGCUUCUAGUAGUUCCUUUCAACUUACACAACUUGUCGAUCAACAGGGAAAUCCUAUACGAAUAAUAACCCAAGAUGGACAGACAUUUCCUAUUGUAACGUCAGGCGAUGAUGUUACUAACAUACAAGGACUGAUGCCGGAUGGAUCGUUGAUACCCAUUGAAAUUUCAGCUAUGGAGGAACAAGAUUUUAAUGAGGGGAUAUCUCAGUCUUCCACCUUAGAUUUAUUAGAAACUUCGACUACAGAUGAACUAAUUUUAGAAGACACCUUGGGAAGCGCAAUUCAAAAUUUCCAGCUUUUAACGAAUAAUGAUGGGGAAGAAGUAUGUCUGGUUACAUAUUCUAUCGAAGAUGAUGGAGCUUUGACGCAAGAAUUAGUAUUGGAGUAACCCUUAAUACAAAAAGUUGAUUUUAUAUUUUCAUUUGUGAUCCAGAUAAUUAUUGUAAUUGAUCUAAGAGGCCUCUUUAGGCAGAAUUAGAAAGCAUCUUUCUAAAUUGAAGAAUCGGUUAUAAAGAAAGUAGACAUUGAAGCCACCGCCAGUAAACUUUUUCUGAAGGCAAAUGCAAUACUAAAAAUAAUAACUUGUAGAAUAUACUUUUUUGUUUUUUUAUUCUAAAUAGAACACUUGUUUUUUUAAACUUUUUAU